GCCAAGCACUCGUAUCAUCCAUUAAUGGCGUCUCCGUGAUUUUGCGUGCUGCACCCUAGUAACUUCUCUCCCUCUGUCUUGGUUUGAUAGUCACGUAGACCAAUAGCAAUGUGCGCUACUCUCCGUGUUUGCAUUAACGAAACCAGUGGUUCUUGAUUUGCCUUAAAAUCUGGAAUCUGGUAAAAAUAUUAAAUUUUGACAGCUGUGCUGGAUCCAGAGGUGCGUUGUGCUGCCUACGUUAUUUGACCCCAAUAACAAUAACAUAACAUAGAAAAAAAACAUGGAAUGUGCUCCCAACUCGUCUUCUGGUGGAGUACCGAAAAUUCAGGUCUUUCGGCCCACGUGGGAAGAAUUCAAAGAUUUCAACAAUUACAUCCUCCAAAUUGAGAAAUCGGGGGCACACAAGGCUGGUCUAGCCAAAAUUGUGCCCCCACCUGAGUGGAAACCUCGGGCUGAUGGCUAUGACAUGAGUGUUAUUGGAGAAAUUGAGAUCCCUGCUCCAAUCUCCCAAGUUGUUCAAGGCAAACAAGGAGUCUACCAAGUAUUCAAUAUUCAAAAGAAUUCCAUGAAAGUGAAAGACUUUAUGCGGCUAGCAAAUAGUGCCAAACAUGUGACCCCAAGUCACUUUGACUACCAGGAUCUUGAUCGUAAAUAUUGGCGCAACAUCAGCUACUGUCCACCAAUUUACGGGGCCGAUGUUUCAGGCAGCUUAACUGAUCCUGACGUUGAAGAAUGGAAUAUCAACAAGCUGGGAUCAAUUUUGGAUUAUGUCAAUGCAGAUUAUGGUAUAAGCAUUGACGGAGUCAACACAGCAUACUUGUAUUUUGGAAUGUGGAAAAGCUGUUUUGCUUGGCAUACAGAAGACAUGGAUCUCUACAGCAUAAAUUACCUCCAUUUUGGGGAGCCAAAAAGUUGGUAUUGUGUCCCUCCUGAGCAUGGCGCUCGACUGGAGAGGCUAGCCAACAACUUCUUUCCCGCCAAUUAUAAAGAAUGUCCCGCCUACCUGAGACACAAAAUGUCGGUAAUUUCACCGAUGGUUUUAAAAAACCAUUCGAUCCCCUACAACAAAAUCGUGCAAGAAGCCGGCGAGUUCAUGAUUACAUUUCCGUUCGGUUAUCACGCCGGUUUCAACCACGGAUUCAACUGUGCCGAAUCGACGAAUUUCGCCUCUCCUCGUUGGGUCGAGUAUGGCAAAAGGGCUGCCCAAUGCGCUUGCAGACCUGAUAUGGUUAAAAUCAGCAUGGAAACAUUCGUCAAACGCUUUCAGCCUGAACGCUACGAUCUUUGGGUUCAAGGCAAGGAUAUUGGUCCACAUCCUGAAAUGCCUGGGCGUCAGUCAGCUGCGCCCCACCCGUCUAAAGAUGAUCUCCUUUGGAACAAGAAUUACACAGACACCGACUUACCUGAAAGUUUUGUAGAACCGACCCAGAAAAAGGCCAAACGGCACUUGAUUCAUAAAAAACUGGAACAAGAACAACAGGAGCAACAAGUGUAUCCGUCUGAAGAGGACACGGCAAUCAACCAGGAAAAGGUUGCCUUGAAAAGUGAAAGUAACGAAGAGCUAACGAGUGUGAUGGUGGAAGAAGAAGAUCUUUUGAAUGACGAGCAUUUUGAAGUGAUGAAAGAGAUUUAUUACAAAGCUGGUGAAAUGGAAAGCGACGGACUAGAAGAACGAAAAAGUGAUCCGGACGAACAAGAAGUAUGGGAACCGGAUAUCGAAAAUCCCGAUUCCAAAGCCAAGAUGAUGUCAAAGAAAUCGAUCAAAAGAAGCAAGUCAAAGUCUAACGCAGAGGGCCAUUUAACUAAAGUCAAAUGUCGUCGAACAAAAUCAGAGUCGACUCCGAGAUCCCUGUCUCCACGAUCUCAUAUCGCCCAAGUUGCAGAAACAACAACUCCACCUGUUAAAUGUGCACAAUUGAAAACAAAUGUCAUGUUUUCCGGAUUCCGCAUACCAAAAAAAGCCCCUUCAGUCGAUAAUCAGAGCGUUGCAGCUUGUGGCUGGACCGAAGACACAUCAACGCAAAGGACAUCAUCCGGUUGCUACUCAACACCUAAAGUUUUGAAUGAAGAAUCCUCAUCCCAGGGCCUGUUUAGUAAAACAAGAAUACAGAGACCAUCGCCCAGUUCUCACAUUAAAUCCUGUCCUGUUGCAGCAGUUCAACUGUCUGCCCAUUCAUCAUCUUUGCUUUCCACUCCUCCGUCGCUUGCACUAAUUAAACCACCGUCACUGAACGCCUCACCGUCAAGAGUAGCAAGCAAUCCAUCGAGCACUACAGAUCUCCUGAGACAGCAAUUAACGUCCAUCAAAUCGGGUACUAACAAAUUGUCGCCCCCUUCGAGUUCGGGAGAUGAACGUAGAUCGAGAAAACAAAAGAGCCCACGUAAAGGACUCGAUUCCAGAGAUACAUCAACUAACCUGACGAUCAUGUGGGAUCAGCAAAAGGAUUGGACUUGGGCUAAAGAAUGUGAAUUCAAUUUAUUAAGUAGCUAUCAAGAGCCGUACUGUUGCGUUUGCAGUGUGUUGAGACCGUCUGUGCCGCAGAGACCGCAACAGCAAGAGCAUUUGUCACGGUCUGCUGUUUUGGUGCCGGAAAAAGUGUUUGGUUCGAAUCGAGUUUCCAUUACCUCUUCACUCUUGUUGCGCUGCUCUUCGUGUUGUGUUUGCAUCCACGCGAAAUGCUUUGGACUAGCCGAAACGACGGUGGCCGACAACUGGUUGUGUCGGCGUUGUGAUCGCAACGAGAUGGACAGACACAAGAUCAAAUGUUGCCUCUGUCAACAGCGAGGAGGUGCCCUGAAAGGGACAAAAGACGGACGCUGGGCUCACAUUCUCUGUACCAUUUGUUUGCCUGGUGUAUCUUUCGGUCAUCCAGAGCUUCGUGAACCCAUCAUUAUCAAUCCACUAGGCUGGAAGGAAUACGUGCUGUUGAAUUGUGUGUUUUGCUCCAGCAGUCGGCCCGAUUCCAGCAGCAACUAUGUAACAUGGCAUCGAGGUAUUUGCCUUCCUUGCGUCAAACAAUGUGGACGGGCUUUCCAUCCAAUGUGUGGCCUAGUCAACGGUGUACGGUUCACUGUCAGUCAGGAUGGCAAGCAAUUGUCAGCCAAUUGUUGUUCGUUGAUCUAUUCCCCACGAUCGACAACAACGUCGUCUGCUACUUCAUCUGCUGUCAAAAAGAAGGUCCCUCUUAAUGUUUCUCUCGGCCAGCAAGUCUACGCCAAACACCCAGAAACGGGUGAAUACCGCCUUGCUGUUGUAACUGACAAUACUCAGACGGUCACCUAUUAUUCUGUUGAUUUCAAUGAUGGUACUAGCAGCCAAGAUACGUAUCCGGAAGACAUACGCAAUUACAACUGCAAAGAAGACGGCCCUCCACCUGAAGGAGCUGCUGUUGAUGUUAUGUGGACUGAUGGGAAAAGCUAUGAUGGCUUCUAUCGUGGACGUACAAAUCGUAAACUGUAUAGCUUGUCUUUCUUUGAGGACAGAGACACUGUCAUUACGGCUGAAAGAUGUGAAUUUUACCAUGCUGACGAAGAUCUUCCUAAAGAUCUAAAAAACCAAAUGGACAAACAACGGGCAUCAACAGCGCAAAUUGAUAGGCUUCAUCCAUGUUCAGGCAUUCAACCUUGAUUGUGUUCUUAAAUCAAAGUCGCAGAAGAGCAACUAAUAAGCCUUCCUUUUUGUUUUUCCUUUACAUUUUGUAUCAAUUGUCACCUACCUAACUAUCGUUAAAUUAUUGAGGAAUCUGUUUGGUUGGGGUAUGCCAUUUAAGGUUUGUGCAUCCCAUCCAAGGUUGAAUUAACAUGCUGUGACUUCUAUGUGAACUUAUAACUAACAUGGAAUUAGCAACUGAUUGAAACUAUGGCAGAGAGUAUGAUUGUGAUGACCCUUCUUUCUUUUUUUUUGAACUAAAGAGUAUGUGGCCGCGCAGUGUAGUGUAUUUUUCUUUCUUGUUCUCAAAAAAUACCUCGUUAAUCGCCGUCACCAUGUAAUGUGUGUGCGUGUUCACACAAAAAUAAUGUAUACAGCUUUGUGUUACUAUUAUGCGAUUCUCACCAGCAUUUGAUAAGCAAUUUUGCCUCCACCGUUUCUUGUAAUCACUCCAAGGCAACAUGUAUGUGUGUAUCAGAAUUUAGGAGGAUAAUCGUCAACUGCUGACGUGGCUGUUUGAAUCGAAUAAAGUAGUCGCAGUAUUA